CGCCUUCCCGGCAGCGCGCGGGCGGCUGUGCGGGCGCUGCCCGGCAGGGGGCGCUGUAGCCGCCUGCGCCGCUCCGGCGCUGCGCUGCGAGGAGCCCCCGCGCGUCCGCCAUAUUGGCGCCCGCGCCGCAGCCGCCGCGCGUUGUUCCUCCAUCUCCUGCCGGCGCGGCCGCCCGGAGCCCAGCGCGGGAGGGAGGGAAGGGAGCGCCGGUGCCGCCGGGCGGGAAGCGGGGCGAGGAGGAGACGGAAACGAGCGGGGCCCGCGUCCCCCCGCGCCCGCCCCCUGCGCCACCCGCCAUGGAGAGAAGGCCAGGCGGCCCCUGAGCGAGGAGCGCACGCACGCACGGACCGAGACUUGCCCCCGCCCGGCCCGGCCCGGCCCGGCCGCCAUCAGCGGAGAGAAGCCGCCCGGCUCCCGCCUCCGCCGCGACAUGGAGGCUGUGAAAGCCUUUAACAGCGAGUUGUACUCGCUAAAUGAUUAUAAGCCACCCAUUUCUAAAGCUAAAAUGACACAGAUCACCAAGGCAGCAAUCAAGGCUAUAAAGUUCUACAAGCAUGUUGUUCAGAGUGUUGAGAAAUUCAUUCAAAAGUGCAAACCAGAGUACAAGGUUCCUGGUCUGUAUGUCAUUGACUCCAUUGUGAGACAGUCCCGGCAUCAGUUUGGACAAGAAAAGGAUGUAUUUGCGCCAAGAUUCAGCAAUAACAUCAUCAGCACUUUCCAGAACUUGUACCGUUGUCCUGGUGAUGACAAGAGCAAAAUUGUUAGAGUGCUUAAUUUGUGGCAGAAGAAUAAUGUCUUCAAGAGUGAAAUUAUUCAGCCUCUCUUGGAUAUGGCAGCAGGAAUUCCUCCUCCCGUUGUGACCCCUGUCUUGCCCAGCACUACAGCUGCUAUGAGCAACAAUACACCAGGUACACCUGUGACUCCAGUUACCCCAGCCAAUGUGGCACAGAGUUUACCUGAUCCUUGGGUAUCUCAGAUUGCUAACACAGAUACCCUUGCUGCUGUUGCACAGAUUUUACAGAGUCCUCAAGGCCAACAGCUUCAGCAGUUGAUACAGACACUGCAGAUACAGCAGCAGAAACCUCAGCCUUCACUACUUCAAGCCCUGGAUGCUGGUCUCGUCGUUCAGUUACAGGCCCUCACAGCACAACUCACAGCUGCAGCAGCUGCUGCUAACACACUUAAUCCACUGGAACAGAGUGUCUCUUUUAAUAAGAAGCUGAUGGACAGGUUUGACUUUGGGGAAGAAUCUGAACAAAAUGAAGAGCCUAAAAAGGAAACUCCCUCUUCCCAAUUGCCGUUAGUACCAGAAUCUGUGAACAACUCACUUUUUCACCAACUAGCUGAACAGCUGCAGCAACAAAAUUUAGAACAUCUCAGACAACAGCUUCUGGAGCAGCAGCAGCCUCAAAAGGCGAGCCCUGAGGAGAAUCAAGAAGGAAAUUUUGGUUCAGAGCACUCUGCGUCACCAUCACAAGGGAGUAGUCAACAGCAGUUUUUAGAAGUAGAAGCAAAUGUAGAUGAUACAAUGGAUAUUCAACAACAGGACAUGGAUAUAGAUGAAGGUCAGGAUAUUGCUGAAGAAGAGAUUUUUGAGCAAGAAGAAAAGAAAUCAGCUGUUCGUUCAAGAUCAAGAACUCGUUCAAGAUCUCGUUCAAGGUCACCAAGAAAACGAAGAUCUAGAUCUCGGUCUGGUUCUCGUAAGCGGAAACACAGAAAGCGUUCACGCUCGAGAUCAAGAGAAAGGAAGAGAAAGUCAUCUCGGUCAUACUCCAGUGAAAGAAGGGCUAGGGAAAGGGAAAAAGAACGUCAGAAAAAGGGAUUGCCUCCUAUACGGUCAAAAACGCUAAGCGUUUGCAGUACUACUCUUUGGGUAGGUCAAGUAGACAAGAAGGCUACUCAGCAAGAUUUAACAAACUUGUUUGAAGAAUUUGGACAGAUAGAGUCAAUUAAUAUGAUUCCCCCAAGAGGAUGUGCUUAUGUCUGUAUGGUACAUAGACAAGAUGCGUAUCGUGCUCUUCAGAAACUUAGUUCUGGGUCAUAUAAAAUUGGAUCUAAAAUUAUUAAGAUUGCUUGGGCUUUGAAUAAAGGUGUGAAAACAGAAUACAAGCAAUUCUGGGAUGUGGAUCUGGGAGUUUCCUAUAUUCCAUGGGAGAAAGUGAAAUUGGAUGAUUUGGAAGGCUUUGCUGAAGGUGGCAUGAUUGACCAGGAAACAGUAAAUACAGAGUGGGAAACAGCCAGAAGCUCAGAAGCUGCUAAAGAAAAUACUCAAACGACGCAGAGUGCUACAGUUGAUAAGAGUACCGUUAUUACAACACAGACAGAAGCUUACACACAACCAGUCACUAUGCUGCAGAUUCCAGUAGCUCCAGCUGUGCCUGCUGUUAGCUUGGUUCCACCUGCAUUUCCUGUCACAAUGUCAGUCCCUCCUCCUGGUUAUAGCCCAAUUCCUCCACCACCCUUCUUGAGAGCAAGUUUCAACCCUUCACAGCCACCUCCAGGUUAUAUGCCUCCUCCAGUUCCACCUGUUGUCCCGCCACCUGUUGUCCCACCACCUGUUGUCCCACCAGUUGUUCCAACACCUUUAGUACAGCCUCCAUUACCAAUUGCACAAGAGACGAUGAAGGAUGUUCCUUUUACUGGCCUUGUUCUACCAGUUGGCACAGUUACUAGCAAUCUAGCUACUCCAACAUUAUCUGCUGGAAGUGUUUUUAAUCCCCUGCCAAUCAACAAACCUGAAUCAGAUGACAAAGGAUCACAUCUUACAGACCUUCAGAUUUCUUCCAGUGAAAACAGUAGAUCUGUGCAAAGUGAUGUCUCGAGUAGCUCUGGACUUGUUGGAGGAGUGCAGCCACCCAGUGUCUCAAGCAAUUCUGGGCAUACUGGAGAAGGGCCACCACCCACUGUCUCAAGUAGCUCUGGACUUGCAGGGGGAGUGCAGCCGCCCAGUGUUUCAAGCAGCUCUGGACAUGUAGGAGGAGUGCAACCACCAACUGUUUCCAGCAAUUCUGGUCUUGCAGGAGGAAUGCAGCUACCUGCUGUCUCCAGUAGCUCUUCUCUUGCUGGCGGGAUUCAGCCAACUAAUGCCUCAAGUAGCUCUGGACUUAUGGCUGGAGUGCCCCCACCAAAUGUCUCAAGUAGCUCAGGGCUUCUAGCUGGAGUCCAUCCACCCAGUGUCUCAAGCAGCCCUGGCCUUCUGACAGGAAUGCAGCCACCCAGUGUGUCCAGCAGCUCAGGAGUUCUGGCAGGAGUACAGCCACCCAGUGUUUCAAGCAACUCUGGGCUUCUCAUAAUGCCACCACCCAAUGUCUCAACUAGUUCUGGACUUAUGGGAGUGCCACCACCAAACAUUUCAAGUAAUUCUGGACUUCUGGCAAUGCAGCAUCCAGCUGCAGUUCCAAGCAUGCCUCAUUUAAAUAUCAGUAAUCAAAGAAUGCCAGGAAUGCCUGUUAUAGAUAUCCGUCCAGGCCUAAUGCCCCAUUCCCCUGGACCAAGGUUUCCAUUAAUGCAGCCAGGAAUGCCACCACAGCGUACUAUUCCUCCUCCCGCAAUCCUUGAUCCAUCUCUUCACCCACCACCACCUCGUGGUCCUUUUCCUCCAGGAGAUAUUUUUAAUCAAACAGAAAGACCUUUUGGAACACCAGGAAGACAAAAUAUUGAUAACAUUUCUAAUCCAGAGAAAAGGCUGCCACUUGGAGGUGAUAACAUUCAACAGGAGGGAGACAGAGAUUAUCGCUUUCCUCCAGUGGAAAACCGAGAUAAUCUUAACAGACCAUCUCCAGUGGAUGUCAGAGAUUCUGUUGGACGACCACCGGUUGAUCCAAGAGAGGGUAUAGGAAGACCUCCAGUAGAUGGAAGAGAACACUUCGCAAGACCACAUAUAGACAUGAGAGAAAAUUUUGGAAGACCAGGUAUAGAUAACCUUGGCCGAAGAGAGCAUUUUGGUUUCAAUUCAGACAAGCACUGGGGACAGAGAGGAGAUUAUGAUGAAAGAGAGCACCAUGCCUUCCCUAUUUAUGGUGGCCCUAAAGGUUUCCAUGAAGACAGAGAGAGGUUUCGACAUGUAAACUAUAGGUUUGAUAGUAGGAGUGGUGGUCCCAGUUGGAAUAGAGGAUUUGAACAAGAUGCUCACAGAGAUUUUGAUGACCGCAGAAGACCCUGGGAAAGACAGAGGGAUAGGGAUGACAGAGAUUUUAAUUUUUGCAGAGAAAUUAAUGGAAACAGGUUUGGAAGAGACAGAAUGUCAAACAACUGGAUCCCGCCUCCACAUCCACGGGUUUUUGAAUAUUUUGAUGGGGCCACUUCUCAACGCAAAGUUGAUAAUAUGCCCCAGGUAAAUGGUGAAAAUACAGAGACAGAAAGUCAGCCUCCAACUGCACAGGUGCAGGAUGAUCCAGAACUUUAUGAAAAACUGACAUCUUCCGUCGAGAUAAACAAAGAGAAGAGUGACACAGAAGCUGAUAUAGAGAGUGAACCAGUGGUAGAAAGCACAGAAACUGAGGGGACAUAAUCAUCACUCAGUAGGCAAGAUGAAGGAAGUUCUGGCAGCUUACCAUGUCCCGGGCUCUGCAGAGCUAAGUGAGAAGUGCGCCCACGUUCUAGCACGCAUCACAUCACAUCGACCUUGGGUCUGGAGUGCCAGAAGGAUCCCAGCGCUGCGCUCUGAGACGGCUCUGAGCACCUCAGUACCCCGUUUUUGACAGAACCCAGGGAUGGCAAUAUUACACACCAGUAUUACCUGUCUGGGGCAGGUUUAAUUUUAUAAAUUAAAACAAUAAACUCUAUGAGUUUCUAGACCAUAUUUGUGCUGUUGAGGAUGAUCUGCUCAGAUGAACAGUUUUGCAUCCAUCGAAGAGACAGGUUCUUCUGCUGGACCAGAAGAUGACAGUGGACUGUAUAUUGUAACUAAUAUCAUUUGUAGCAUCUCCUAGUGCAAAUAAUCGAAGAGCAGGUUGCAAGAAAAUCCUGUAGGGAAUAAGACAUGCUAUGUUUUGAUCUACAGAUUUUUUAAAAUGUUUUGUUUUUUUUUAAAGAUAACCACUUUUAGAUAACACUAUGUGUGCAGUCUAUGUGCAGCUCUUCACUGUGGCUAUCUGUAUUCCAGAGAUGAUGAAUUCCUUGUAAGACACCUCAACCUUUUAAAAUUUGUGAUUAAUUCUUAAAUUAUGAGAUUAUAAUGAAAAACUAGAAGGGAAAACUUCUAGGGCUUUUAUUUGACUGGAUGUCUCCAAUUACUUCCUGGCAAUGUCAUAAAAAGAGAAGGAAAUGCAGGAAGUAAAAAUUAAAUACAAAACUCCCCACAUUGCAUUUCUUUUUUUGGCAUAUGCACCUAUCUAAAUGUGUGUUUUAUCGAAUAUCCAAGGAGAGAGAAGCAGUUAAAAGUUAGCUGAGCCAUCACACAAAAGGUCUGUGGUUUUGGGCAGUAUUUGCUAAUUUUGUCUCUUGAAUAGCUAUAGAAAAGAAGGAAUAUGUAUAUGCCCCACCAUAUGUGAAAAGGCCAUACUUGCCAUUCCUUUAUUUAUUUUUGCUUUUCAAAAAUUAAAGUGUCAGUUAUUUGGAAUGCUGUAGUCUGUGGUCUCUUUACAUUUGUUUAGUGAGAGCCUUUCAGCAAAAUCAUUCCCAUUACAGUGUAACUGCAUGGUGACCACAGCUUUGGGCCUGUAUAAUAAAGAUCUAAAU